AAGUGAGAGUCUAAAAAUGAGCUAGGCAGCAAGCUUCUGGUGUCCCCGGCGGAGAAGGAGGGGGUGUGUGUAGAAAACGAAGAUCUGCCUGAAAGGAGAACUCUGCUGACACCGGGAGCUAUCCCUCGGAAGUUAAAACAAGAUUUCAUCUCAGUGCUCCAAAACCGAGAGUUUGCUCGGGGUUCUACAGCCAUUGAGGAAAAUCCCAUUCGUUUCUUGAUAAAGUUCCACGCCAUCUCAUUGGUUCCAGACUCGGGAUUCCCAAGUUGGCAACCAACCAGCCCUUACGUCAACAUCCCGCAAGCUUCCAGCCACAGCCACGGUCUCCCGCCCACGGACACGCCCCCCACCAGGGCCCCACCCCGCUGCCUCUUCCCGGCGAGAAGACGAAGGAGGGUUGUUUUGCUCUGCCCUCGGGCCAAUGGGGUGGGUGCCUCAAGGGGGAGGGGGUCGUCGUCGCGCUCUGAUGACGACAUCUCGCGCCUUUCCCGGAAGCGGAAAAGGGUGGGGAUGGGGAUGGGGAAGGCGCUGGCGCUACUGGUGGGGCGACCAGCUCGUGGCUCGAGCCCGUGAUUGUGGGGUGGGCAUGGCAGGCGCCCGGGAGCGGGCCUUGGCCGAGCUGCUGCUGGAGUUCUCGAGGGCGCAGUACCGGGCCCGCGACGGUGGUGGCGGGGCAGGAGGAGGCGGCGGUGGAGGAGGUGGUAGCGGUGGCCUGGCAGGCGGCGGAGGGACCGCCAGCAGCACCAGCAGCACCGCCUCCAAGGUAGAACGCAUUGAAAAGUACUGCCUUGAGUUGUUCAGCAGGGACUAUUGCUACAGCUUGAUCCACAAUGUGAAUGGUGAAAUCUGCAGCCACUAUCCCCGGCUGAUGGUGUUCCUAGAAUAUGAGAGCACUGAUCGAGAGAGGCACACAUUUGAGAGCACCGUCCAAGUUGGCAAGCUGCAAGACCUCAUCCAUCGCAGCAAGAUGGCUCGAUGCCGAGGGCGGUUCGUCUGCCCUGUUAUCCUCUACAAGGGAAAGCAUAUAUGCCGAUCAGCCACCCUGGCUGGGUGGGGGGAGCUGUAUGGACGUACAGGAUAUAACUACAUUUUCUCAGGGGGCUCGGACGAUGCUUGGGCGGCGGAUACAGAGGAUCUGUCAGAAGAGGACUCUGCCUUCAGAAAUGCAGAUUCACAGCUAUUUGAUAAGGUCCGAGGUCAUGACAUCAAGCUCUUGCGGUACCUGUCAGUCGGCUACAUCUGUGACUUGAUGGUGGAGAACAAGAAAGUGAAGUUUGGUUUGAAUGUGACGUCUUCCGAGAAGGUGGAUAAAGCUCAGCGCUAUGCCGACUUCACCCUCCUCUCUAUUCCUUACCCAGGCUGUGAAUUUUUCAAGGAGUACAAAGAGCGGGAUUACACGGCUGAGGGGCUUGUUUUCAACUGGAAGCAGGAUUAUGUAGAUGCUCCACUCAGCAUCCCAGCUUCUCUUACCCAGUCAUUGAACAUUGACUGGAGUGAGUAUCAGAGCUGGGACCUAGUGCAACAGACACAGAACUACCUGAAGCUCCUGAUCUCCAUUAUUAAUGGCGACGAUGACUGUGGGCUCCUGGUACACUGUAUAUCCGGCUGGGACAGGACGCCUCUCUUCAUCUCCCUCCUGCGCCUCUCCCUGUGGGCUGAUGGGCUGGUCCACGCAUCUUUAGAGCCUGCAGAGAUUCUUUACCUGACCGUGGCCUACGAUUGGUUCCUCUUUGGGCACAUGUUGGUAGACCGACUGAGCAAAGGAGAGGAGAUUUUCUUUUUCUGCUUCGAUUUUCUGAAGCAUAUCACCUCUGAGGAGUUCUCUGCCGCCAAGCAGCUGAGAAGGAAGAGUCUGCCACCUGGAUUUACCUUGGAGGAGAUCUGUAUGCUAAAGCAGAGGGACCGGGGUAGCACCACCAGUCUGAGCAGCGGCUUCUCCCUUGUAAUGGAGAGCUCACCGGGGGCUGCGGGGAGCUUCACCUACGAAGCCGUGGAGCUGAUGCCAGCAGGCUCCCAGGCGCAGGCUGCUUGGAGGAAAAACUGUGCGUCAUCCCCCCAGACAGUGCUAUGGAAUAGGACGCAACAGCCUGAGGACAGGCUGCCUUUGCAGAGUGUGCUCGAAGCAAGGUCUUCCAGCUCCUCCUCUUCCAACCACUCGGAGAACUUCUCAAGGCUGGGCAGCAGUCCACUGGAAGUCCCCAAGACUAGAUCGGCCGACCAUUCUGUGCCUGGAUCCUCCAUCUCUACCGACUUUGGCAGCUGGCAGAUGGUAACGGGGAGUGGCAGUAUACAGGAGCAGACAGACUCCUCCCUCCCUUCCAGCUUCCCGGAUGAGCUCCCUAACAGUUCCCUGCUGGUGAUGCUGACCGAACGGCAGUCCCGGUUGGAGGAAGUGCGUUCAGCGUUCUUGGCUGCCUACAAUGACACAGUAGGCCAGAAGUCUGUGCCGCCUAGCCCCUCGGGAGCCAUUGGUGGCCUUCUGGAGCAGUUUGCCCGAGGCGUUGGACUGAGAGGAGCCAGCAUCCUUUGACCCUUCCACGCAGUCUGGGUUGUCUGCUAGUCUGAAAGGCAAAGGAACCUACAAGCCAUGAGAGCCCAAGUGCCAGCUUCUGGUCUGGGCCAGAUAGGUCUCUGGCCCUGUUCUCUUCUGGAUGCUGCCGGCCACACUGCCUAACUGCCAGCCCUUCUGGGUCCACCUCUGACUGACUGGUCACCGCCUCCACUUCCUGCAGCCGGGCUGGCUUCUACUGGAAGCUGGGGUUGUCCCCCACCCCCUCCAAUCAUGCUGGACUUGGUUAGCUCUGACAAAUCACCACAGUAAAAUGUAUCAAAACA